AUGCGCGCCGCUACACUAUCCAGUCUAAUCAUAUGCUCUCUGAUACCCACUACUACGCUGGCCCUAUCCGCCAAUGAUUGGCGAUCGAAGUCUAUAUACCAGGUCAUGACGGACCGAUUCGCACUUCCAAACGACAACGGGACUCAGUGUGAUACGUCUCAACGCAAGUAUUGUGGCGGGUCGUGGCAGGGAAUCAUCAACCACUUGGACUAUAUCCAGAACAUGGGAUUCGAUGCGGUUUGGAUCUCACCCGUCGCCGCCAAUCUCGAAGGAUCCACCACCGAUGGUGAAGCAUUUCAUGGAUAUUGGACGAAAGACAUGACGAACAUCAAUCCCCACUUUGGCUCUACCGACGACCUACACGCAUUGAGCAAAGCACUUCACAAACGCGGGAUGUAUCUCAUGUUCGACGUCGUUCUCAACCACAUGGCCGCUCCCACCCUGAAAGACUUCGACUUUUCCAACUUCUUCCACCCCUUCUCGGACGAGUCAUAUUUUCACAAACAAUGUUGGGUCAACGACUCGUCCGACCAGACCACCAUCGAGCAGUGCUGGCUCGGUGACGAAUCUCUUCCAUUGCCGGACCUUAACACCGAUAAUUCGACCGUGGCUGAUACGUUGAAGAAGAUGGUUACGGAUCUCGUGGCUGAGUAUGAGGUGGAUGGCCUGAGGCUCGAUACAGUCAAGCACAUCAGCAAGGAUUUCUGGAAAGAUUUCAGGGACAAUGUAGAUGUAUUCAUGAUGGGCGAGAUUCUUACCAAUGAGACAUCGUAUGCGACAUCUUAUACCGAUGUCAUGGACGCCAUUCUCGAUUAUCCCUCGUGGUUUCCAUUGAUCCAGGCUUUCGCCUCCACGAAUGGCCAAAUGUCUUUGUUAGCUAACACCAUGACGGCCGCCCAGCAGAACUACAAGAACGGGCUUUUCGGGACUGGCUCAUUCAUCGAGAAUCACGAUCAGCCUAGGUUUCAGUCGUUUACGAAGGAUGACGCGCUCAUCCACAAUGUGAUGACCUUCCCGUUCGUUCACGACGGAAUGCCGAUCGUGUACUAUGGCGAGUGCCUACAUGCUAUUCACAAUGCCGAUGGUCAAGAGCAAGGCUACCAGGGUGGUUCGGAUCCCUACAAUCGUGAAGCGCUCUGGCUCUCUGCGUACGAUACCGAAAAACCACUCGUCGGCCUUUUCAAGACGUUGAACGCCGCUCGUAAGCAGGCUAUGGGGGCCACUGAUAGUGACUUCUCCAACACCGCGAUGAAGUUCAUCGGCGUCGAGGACCACACCUUCGCCGUCUCCAAACCCCCUAUGCUCGGCCUCUUCACCAACAUUGGCAGCCAAUCCUCCGAAACCGCGGUCUGGAAGAUCGAAGACACAGGCUUCAAGCCGAAUGAAGACCUCGUCGAUGUCCUCACUUGUUCCAAGAUCUCCGCCGACAGUGCAGGGGCUGUCUAUUCCGAGUCCUACUAUGGUAUGCCGCAGAUUAUCAUGCCGAUCUCGGUGCUGGAGAAGGACGGGAAUAUAUGCCCCGAGCUGGCCACGGGGACGAGGGCGCAGACAAGUAAUGUGGGAGGUUAUAGAAGGGGCCAGUUGGCUCUGUCAACGGCGUUGUUUGGGGCGAGUGUGAUGUUCUUCGCGGCGGGGAUGAUGAUGUUGGUUUAA